CGGCUUUUGUCACGCGCGGACCAACGCACGAUAAAAGUUGUACUGCGUGAGAGGCGAUAAGGCACGGGAAGCGAAACUUCGAUAUGUGAUGUCUCCGAACGAGAUAUCAGCUGGAACGCGUCGUCCGCCGGGUGUACCGGACACUUCGACGACGCCCGACCGAUCGGCUGUUUCACUGCGACGAUGCGGCGAACCCCGUUGGCGCUGCUGUCAUUCGUGGCGGCGGCCGCUUCGAUCACGAUCCCGACGGACGAUUCGGGGCCACCGAUCGUGGCGUCGAGCGUCGAAGACGCGUUCGCUCAGUACGUCGUCCGGUACAAUAAGAGCUACGAGGCCGGCAGCGACGAGUACGACCGGCGGUUCGCCGCCUUCCGCGACAGCCUCGACCGAAUCGCCCGCCGCAACGCGACGGGCGACACGGCGCGCUACGGACUGACCCGCUUCUCGGACUUCACGCCGGACGAGUUCCGUCGCGACGUCCUGUCGUCGCCUCCGGCGGACCUAGACGAGGUCGUCCGGCAGCUCUUCCCCGACCUGACGAUACUGGGCGACGACAACGACAUAGGCCCGCUCCUCCUACAACCGAUCGCUCCGAAGAAGGUGGCCCUGGUGCGAGGUCAAUACCCGGACCACUUCGACUGGCGCAACCGCAGUGCAGUCACGCCCGUCAAAAACCAGCUCAACUGCGGUGCUUGCUGGGCCAUCAGCACCGUCGAAAACGUCGAGAGCAUGUACGCCAUCGCGACGGGCAAGUUGAUCGAGUUCAGCGUCCAGCAGAUGGUGGACUGCUCCAACAACUCCAACCACGGCUGCAACGGAGGCGACACCUGCGCCGCCAUGCAGUGGCUCCGAGAGAACCGCAUCAAGCUCGUCACCGAGAGCGCGUACCCGUUCACCGCCUCCACCGGGAAGUGCCGGAGUGCCACGAGUGACGUCACCGCCGAGCUCGUCGACUACACCUGCGAGAGGCUCGUGGGCAACGAGGAGAGGAUGCUGGACCUCAUCGCCAACGUGGGACCUUUGGCCACGGCCGUGGACGCGACGGCGUGGCAGGAUUACUUGGGUGGUAUCAUUCGGUACCACUGCGAUGCCGGAAGGAACCACGCGGUGCAGGUGGUCGGGUAUGAUUUGAGGGGCGAGGUGCCGCACUACAUCGUCCGCAACUCCUGGGGUCCUCAGUACGGUCACGGCGGCUACUUGUACAUAGCCGUCGGCAAAAACCUCUGCGGCAUUGCGGAGGAGGUCUCGACGGUGACCGUCAAGAAGCCACCAGGGUAGUUUAGUGUUCGUAGUCACCGCUGACAAAUAAGUUUGGCAGCAGCCUCAAAAUGGAGAAAGCUUUAUGAAAGGAAGAUUGCCAUUCAUAUGAGAUAGUGUAUAGCUACCAAGAAAACCCGUACACUUUUCGCAGGAAGAAAGCUCAUCCGUGUCUGGUAAUCUAGUAAACCCAUGUCAAAUACCUCUGUAGGGCAGCCACAGAUUUGCCUUCCAGAGAAGGACCAGUUUUUCUUUAACUAUGGGCCUUCUUU